UGUAAGUGUUGCCUUUGAGAUGUGUGCGGCCAAUGCAAAGGAUUAUCAAACUCAGCAGAGAAGUGGACUUGUGGAUGAAGAGAACCAAUUGGUUGAGGGAGAUCAUCAGUCUUAUCUACUCCAAGGGAGAUCCCAACUGGAUUCGAUCUGUUCCCAUAUGGGAUCGUUCACCAUGGUUAGAAACUAAAGCAGGUUAUGAACAGUUACAAAAAAAGGAAGGCGCACGCAUAUACACCAGCCACCUGCCCAUUCAAUUAUUUCCCAAAUCGUUCUUUGAUUCCAAGGCCAAGAUGAUUUACCUACUCAGAAAUCCCAGAGAUGUUCUUACUUCUAACUUUUACUUUUUUAGACUACUAAGUGGAGUAAAACAUCCACAGACAUUUGACCAAUGUUUUGAAUGGUUUCUUCAGGGAAAUGUUCCUUAUGGAUCGUGGUUUGACCAUUGUCAAGGCUGGCUGCAAAUGAGAGGGAAAGAGAAUUUCUUGAUAGUAACAUAUGAAGAGCUACACCAGGACCUAAGAGCCACUGUAGAGAAGAUCAUUCAGUUCUUGGGGAAAAAGCUUAGCCCUGAAGAAGUCGCCUCAGUGCUGAAGCAUGCAUCCUUUAAGGCCAUGAGAGAUAAUAAAAUGAGCAAUUUCACCCUCGUACCAGACACCAUUAUGGAUCAUAGCCAAGGGCAAUUACUCAGAAAAGGAGUUACCGGGGACUGGAAACAUCACUUCAAGGUGGCUCAAAGUGAAGCCUUUGAUAAAAUAUAUCAAGAGAAGAUGGCGGGGCUUCCUCCAGGGCUGUUCCCCUGGGAUUCGUGACUUCCUGGUGUUGAGUGAGAUGAAGAUGGCUUCAGUUCACACCUCUGUGUAGGCAUUUUCAGAUGCAGCACAACCCUUGUUAUGGAAUCCUGGAGACUGCAGUCCAGUAGUGAUUUAUCAUAUACUUGAUCAUUGAUAACGGCUAGGUACCUCACUAGAUUCACACUUUUCCUGCAUCAAAAAGAUUUGCACAAUAUUUUAUAAAUACAGAAAAUAAUAAUUGAAAGUCAUGCAAACAGUGCCCAUCUUUUGAAAGAAAAGAAAAUGCUUUAUACCUAUGUGAUCAAUUCAUAGAAGGCCUGAAGUGAGAAACUGCACAGACAGGCCCGAAGCUGCCAUUCUCUCAUCAAUGGAAAACUCGAGGCUGAGAGGCUCCUGCAAAGCUGGAGUCCUUGAAACCUUGGAGUGUGAGCCCGAUUAGCUCACUACGUCACAACACAAGAUAUAAUGGCUUCAUUACCACCGCAUUAAGAGACUUUCUUUACAUUUAUUAAGCCGAGGAAAUCCUAAAAAUUUAACCCUUCACUGCACAGGUGUAAUCUCUGUUUCUUGGGAUAGCUGAUCCAGGACACUAUCGCUUCUGUGCACCCUCUCUCCAUUCUUUCUUGUCUGUUCCCAAAAAUAGUACUCAUUGAGUCUCACUUCUGAAAGAAGAACUGUACCUAAAAGACCUGCCUGCCUCAUUUUCCCCAGCUAGCUGUGGGAAGGGAAUGGGGCCAGGACCUUUGGGCUCAUGAACUCUGGAAAUAACCAAGAACAAAACCACACACAAAUCUAGUGCCCUACUAACGAUGAGGACAGGAAUGACGAUUCCCUUCUAAACUGAUGGUGGUGAUAUCUGUACAACCCUUUUUCAUGUGACUGACCAUUGAAUGGUGUGAUAUGUGAAUGUAUGCCAAUAAAAUUGUUAAUCAAUGAAAUAAAAGAGA